CUACUCUUUGAUAUGAUUAUUAUUUGUUUUGAUUUUGAUUCGAGUGGUGGGUGAACGAAUUGCCGGGAAAACAGAGCUCUCCUCUCCCAUUCUUGUUUGUGCUGAGAUUCUGAAGCCAUACUACCCUGGUCGUACAGUGCAAUAUUGCUAGUUACUUUUGUGUUGGUCAUCCAUUAUGGUAGUGUUAAAGUGUUGUGUUGGUGGUUGCGAUUCCAAAAGUACGACUCACAGACUCUUUUGCUUCCCCGAGAACGAUAAGUUAAGGAGCUUGUGGUUGAAAGUCCUAAUUCCUAAAAAUCCUGCAUUAGAAGGACUCGCUAAAACCCAGUUAAAAGGCAAACGCGUUUGUGAGAAGCAUUUUGAUAAAACGCAAUUUGAUCGAUGUGGCGUCAGGAUACGUUAUUCCUGUCCCAGUCUGUUCACGCCGUCAGAGAUCUUGCACGGUGUUCCAUUUAUUAUCAAGGGGGGGAGUGUGGAAAACGAGCAUGACUACUUUCGGGUCAGAAGUAAAGAUGUCAAUCAGACUCCACCACCUAAGGACAUUGACGCGGGGAAACUAGCUGACAAUGAUGUUCAUAAGGAUAACAAUACAAAUUCACUAUCGCCUACAGGUCAAACACCAGUUCCUUUAAAAGUUCUGAAUAAAGUUCCCACUCAAGAUCAUCAGUCAUCGUCCAUGUCAAUACCACCCCCUUCAUCGCCGCCCCAGCCAACGCCGCCCCCCUCAUCGCCGCCUCCAACCCGCCAAAUAUCUUUUAUAAAAUUGCUGGUUAAAGAUGCUGUCAGUUCGAGUGCCGAGUCUGAAAGAAUUAAUACUUGCCAACGUGAAUCAGCAGGUCAAGUCCAAACAGGCAAACCAAAGACAAAAAUGACAAGCAAAACUCUCAAAUAUAUCAAAGAAUCUAUAAAUCUAGCAAAAGAGAGUGCCGAUGACACAAGCAGUCAAAGACUGCAAAGUGCACAAAAUCUCAUCAAAGAUACCAAGCUCAUAAGCGAGUUUGAAAAACUUGGCGACAGAGCCAAAACCUUUCUGUUAAUGCAACUAAGACUUGCUACAAAGAAAAAAAUGGCGAGAAGAUUCUCUGAAAAUGAAAAAUUAUUUGCCCUCACCUUAUGGAAGCAGAGUCCAAAAUCUUAUAAACUGUUGGAAAAUAUGUUUGCCUUACCCAAUAGGAGGACACUUAUCAGGCUCUCCAGCCGUAAACCCAAAGAGUGUGACGUAAAUAAUAAGACCUUCGAUCACCUUAAGGAAGUUACCCAAGAGUGGGAUAUAAAGAAAAGGCUAUGUACAUUGGUAUUUGACGAAGUUCCUAUCACCUCACGAUACAGUAUAAGGAAAAUGAAAGGAAUUGUAAAGAUAGCAGAGGAACGACAGCGGGAACUGAUUAAACAUGUUUUGGUCUUCAUGGUACGCGGAAUAUGCUCUACAUGGACACAGAGAAUUAAAUAUUAUUGUUUCUUCGGAACAAUAUCAACAGCACACUUACAAAAUAUUUUAAAAGGAAUUAUUCCACGCCUUCGUGAUUCAGGACUAAUUCCUCUAGCUGUACUCUGUAAUCACGGACCACCAUUUCGGUUGUUAUUUAAAGCAUUAAAAGAAGAGACUGCACUACUCAGAAGUACUGAAGAUAGAUAUGGAGAUAAUACUAUUCACAUAGCUGGAUCUGAUUUGUUUUUCUUUUUUGACCCUCCACGUUUAUUAAAAGGGAUAAGGAACAAUUUUGUUAAAAACGAUAUUAUAUUCCAUAACAAGAGAGCAAGUUGGAGGGACAUUAUGUAUGUUUAUGAUCUAGAUAACAGAUCAGGGCACACAAGAGCAUUACCAGGAUUGAGGGCAGAACAUGUUGAUCCACAAAAACUAAAUAAAAUGAAGGUGAAGACGGCUGCCCAAGUGUUGAGUGCUGAAACUGCCGCAAUGUUGGAGUUCACGCAUUCUGUCUAUAAGGAUCUCAACUGUUCCUUAGAGACGAUGGAGGCCACAGCAGAAGUGGUCCUGUUCUUCAGUGAUCUCUUCGACAGCGUCAGUGGAGCGCCGGGGGGAUUAAAAGGAAAAUUAAGAAAUGCAGUGAAAAAAAAUUCCCCACAUGCAGAUUUUUGGCGAAAAGCUAUAUCAAAACUUAAAAUUAUGGGGUUUUCAGACACGAGUAGCGAACAUGCACUUCAACAUGAAAUAUCUAUAAUUGUGCGUGUGCCGUCUCUAGAAGGAUGGAUUGAGACAUUGAAGAGCUUCUUGGGAUUAACUCAGUUAUUAUUGUAUACAUUUGGGGUAGAAUCUUUUUACCCCCGAUAUUUAAAUCAAGAUGUCUUGGAAAAAUCUAUUAAUCGCAUUAAAUUCAAGAAGCAUACACAUCGAUCUCCUCCCGACCAUAAGCAAGGUGUUCGAGUUGGUCCUGCGACUCCUCGCGCCGCAGACCACGCACCGCCCGGAACAGCCGGGGUUACUGCACCACCCGGCCUGCACAGUGAACAGGACUCCGCGGUCGCAACACUCCUCGCCAUGGAGAACGCAUUUCAACAGGUUCAGCAUCCUGGUCUGAUAACUUUACAAGAUCUCCAAGUCGGACACUCCCCACUGCAUGGCACAGGUGAUCUCCAGCUUCCUCACAGGUCGGAGCACCAUGCUAAACAUGAUCUCCGCAGUGGACGCCCGAGAGGGGGAGUGCGGAAGAGUCGCGGCCGGCGCAGAGCACCGCAAUUGCUUCGAAUAGAAUAGGGUCAUCCUACAUAGGACAGAUCUUUCACGAAACAAAACCUUGAAGAAGAAACCACUGCUGUUGAAUCCGCUCAAGUGAUUCUACAGGGCAAUAAACAAUCAGGGUUCACAACCAGCGGCUCGGAGAGAGAAGACCGAUUCAUCAUAUCGACAUCUCUAUGAAAUUGGUUCCCUAAUGAUGUCGAAUUCCAACAGUUCGCAGAACAGAUCGAAUAAGAAGAAGAUAACUCAAAAUCAUUUAUUUAUACAUAGCUGCAAAACGGCUUUUUGAAUGUCAAAAUUUGCAAAUUUCUGCCCUUGAAACUCAUCUACUAUUGAUUAAGUUCAGCAAAGCUGAUAGUAUCAAAUAUGUUUAUCAGAAUGAAUAAUUAGAUAAUUAGCAAACAGCGACCAUUUACCAUUGCGUAUUUGCGGACAAUAAACAUAAAAUAACAUUUCCAUCCGUUUUAUUUGAAAUUGAGUUUGGCGCGCUUUUCUGAGUAGAAUCACUGAAUACCAACAUUCCGUAAGAAAAGUCAGCUGACCACAUUGAUAACAUCUGUCAAUUAUGUCAAAACUGUCUAUCAGUGCGUGACAAGUUGCAAUCAAAACUUAGUGCUCGUUUAUUUACAAGAAAUACUCAUUUAUCUAAACAAUAAUAAUAAUUUUUAUUUGAUUAAUUAAAUAACUAAAUUAUAAUCACCACUAUGAGCAACGACCUAGAUUUUUUGUUCAAACCGAUUGUCCUGGUGACUGGCUUCGGUCCUUAUUUGAACCACCCGGUGAACGCGAGCUGGGAGGCGGUGAAGAUCAUGAACAAGGAUGAGAUAGAGAAGAAGCACAAUGUGGAGCUGGUGCUAAUAGAACUGCCGGUCACCUACGACAACGUGGACGAGUUCGUGCCCGCUCUGUGGCAGACACACACUCCUAAGUUGGUGAUCCAUGUGGGAGUAUCAAGCAUAGGGAAGUGCUUACAACUGGAAUCCCAGGCUCACAGAAAGGGCUACCAGAAGAAGGAUUACUUUGACAAAAUCCCAGAGAACAGCACCUGCUUAGCUGAGGGAGCAAUAAGGUUGCAUACCAAGUUGAAUGUGGAACAAAUCUGCAAGGAGUUCAAUGGCGACAACCCUCCUGAUGAAAGAUAUAGAGCUGAAGUGUCCUAUGAUGCUGGCAGGUAUCUCUGUGAGUACAUCUACUACACAUCGCUGAGCAUUGACAACACUCGUACCCUAUUCGUCCAUGUGCCCGUCAUGGACAUCUACUCCUCAAAGGAGACAGCCAGUGGCCUGGAGCGCAUCCUGGAUCUCUGCAUGGAACAGAUCAACGAGAGGGGGGAUACAAGUGAAGAGCUUGCCGAAAAGCUCAAGAAUGCCAAGGUAGAUUGCGGUGAUAGUAAUAAAUUAUAAUAUUGUAAGUAUGUUACUUUGCAUUAUUUAGUAUUUAUUGUAGUGUAUUGUAAAUAUUUGUAUGAGUAUAAGACAAUUCAAGUAAAUACUUACUUGAUGGAUGACAAUUCAGUAAUCAAUUUUCCCACAAAAGGUAAAAUAUACUCAUAAGUGUAAGAACAAAGUUUAACAAUGCAGUUAAUGUUAGUAGGUCAACAUGGAUAUUUUACUACAUUCUUGAAAAAUGGAACUGAUUGUAAUUAUAAUGCAUUAUUAUAUUUUAUCCAGCAGUAAUUACUUUUGCUUGUAACGUAUUCUGUAUAUUAGAUAAUGUAAAAGAAUAUUGUUUAAUUAGGCAGGUAAUUGUUUACCUUAUUUCUGUAUAAUACAGGUUGUAGCCACGUAACAUGAACACAAAGUACUUAAUAUUUAAAAACUGCAACUUUUCAUUACAAUGUAUAUUCAUAAAACAAACUAAUAGUGUACCUACAUGUACGAUAGAUGAAACUACGUACACCAAUAAUUCCAUACCAGUAAGACUAAUAUUUUAUCAUACAGUAUUGUGAAGUUGUUGAAUUAGUAAAUUGUAUGAAGUUAUAAA